ACUCUCUGAUGCCGCAGUUUACCGGGGGGACAGACUCCGAGGGCGGGCUCGGUAUAAAGCUGCUGCCCGGUCUGAGGUCCACGGAGAGCCGGGAGGACCGUGGAAACAUGCCGGUGACCGGAGCGGGAUCAGCCCAGAGCGGAGGAGGAGCCCCACCUGUACCCCUGACCGGUAACAACAACUUUAAAUAUUAAUACAGAAACUAAAAUAUACAAUAAUUUUACACUUUAAUUAAAUAAGAGGCUAAUUACUGAAGACAGUUUAUAAAUGAAGCAGGUUCAGCUGCUUCUCAUGUUACUUUAACUCUUUUUUAAUCUGUUUAUGACUUUUUAAUUAUAAUUUUACAGGAAAUUUUCAGUCCUUUUAUUAGUUAUUCAACAUGUCUCAAUUUCUUUUUAAUUUCUUUAGUUUUUUUAUCCUUAAAUUUCUCUUUUGUAUUUAUUCUCUUCUAUAAAUGUGGAAUUUCCCCCUGAGAGACUAACAAAGGAAUAUCUUAUCUUUCUAUUUCAGUUUCGACAUUAUAUCAAUGUGUUUCAGAUGUUAAAACUCCUUUCCCUAUUUUUAUUUCUUUUCUAUAAUAUGAAUUUAAACAGGAAUUAUUUUGUAAAGUGAGGAGCAAAACUAAAUAAUUACAUCAGCUGUUAUAAAAGUGACCAAACACACAUUUCAAAGAGAAAACUUUUAAAAGGACAUGUAGAGUUAUAUUUGCUCAUAUUCAUAAAAAGGUGAAUUUUAUUCUAUUUUCAGGGUUGUUUUUGUUUCAGAGAAUAACCAAAGAUUAUAAUUUAUGGUCUUUGCAUGAAGGUGAAGCAUUUAUCAUUUUUACAUAACUCUCCUUUUGUCCAAAUUUCCCUCUUUUAUUGAACCCUCCAGUAAAUGUGACUGUAGUAUACAUAUGUAUAUGUUCCUGCUUUGUGCCAUAUGUUCUGAGCUUCUUUAUUCUGUUCAAACAGGGUCAGUUCAGUCCACUGUUCAGAGCAGGCCCGACUUUACGGUGCCAGUCAUGACCCUUAACCUCGUGGUGUUACCCUGCUGAUGAUGCCAGUACCUCAUUUGGCUCCGUUUCUCUCUGGGUUAUGAUGAAACAUGAAAGCGGCUAUUCUUACUCACUGGUCCAGAUAUUAACUUUCACAAUCAAGCCUUCACACGCACAUGUUGUACUCGCCAACACACACGUGUGCGCUGAGCAAGCCAGUGACUUUCAUUUGUUAUGUUCUAUUUUUGCAGGAAAGCAUGCCAACAUGAGUUCUGGAAACGGGUACAACCACCAGGAUCCGGACCAGAGCCUGAAACGGACUCACGUAGAUGGAGCAGAGCCGCACGCCCUGCCCACGCCAAUCUCAGACCCUCCCAUUCGCUACACCAAGGUAAACUGUAACCGAUCCAGGUACAGGGAAAAUACCGGUGAUGUUUAAACUUCCACAUGAAUUAUGAAUAUUCCAGGAUUUACAGAUUAUAUUCUGUCAUUUAAUCCCUGAGCACAAACUUUUGUCUUGACUUUUGUUAGUCUGAGAUUUUAAAGAGUCAAAAAUGAAAAGAAUACAUUUAUUGGUUGUUGUUUAAUUUGUAUUUAUAAGAGUUUAUGUUAAAAUGAUCUACCUUAAAAAAACCUUUAAUCUUUCCAGCACACAGAUGCAUCUCUUUAAAGAAAACAGCAUGAAAACUGUUUCCUGUGUAAAUAAAAGGAGCCUGUUAUUAAGGUGGUCAGGCUGCAGACGGUUCAUAAACUCUGUUUGAUCUGCUCUCAGACAAUCUGCAGGGGAGAUGCCCCACCAGGAAUACAUGCACUGGAAGAAUUUACUUCUCUGUGUCUCAUUCACGUCUAAUUUUACUCCAACAUCACAGCUGUUCAUCAACAACGAGUGGCAGGACUCGUGCAGCGGAGGAAAAAUUCCAGUGUUUGAUCCCGCCACAGGAAACCAGCUGUGUGAGGUCGAGGAGGCGGACCAAGUGAGUGAAGAAAAACUCAACAGCAUGUGUGUCAGAGAGAAGUCCAGGAGUCCAGAAACCUCAACCUUCUUCUCCCUGUAAAAAGAUCAGAACACCUUUUAGUUUUUUCUCACUUCAUCUUCUCAAACCUCUCAUAGGAAGACAUAGACGAGGCAGUGAGAAGUGCCAGAGCCGCCUUCCAGACGGGGUCACCAUGGCGAUCCAUGGACGCCUCAGACCGAGGUCAACUACUGAACACACUUGCUGAUUUAGUGGAGCGGGACAGGCGACUACUGGCGGUGAGAAAACGCAGGAAAACUCCUGUUUUUCAGAAUAAUGUUGAAUCACUGUAAUGUGGUAAACUUGUAUUUUUAAUUUUCAGACAUUAGAAAGUCUGGACUCUGGAAAAGUCUUCCUCAUGGCGUACUUUGUGGAUUUGUUGGCCACGAUUAAAACUCUGCGAUAUUAUGGAGGCUGGGCGGACAAGAUUCACGGUAAAACCAUCCCUGUAGGUGGGUACACCGGUUUUAAAGUUUGUAGAUGUUUCCAUGUUGAUAUUGAAAAUGUUUAAUGAUGCGCUAACAGCUGUCCAAUCCUUCUUCUAGAUGGAGAGUAUUUUACUUACACUCGACACGAGCCCAUCGGAGUUUGUGGUCAGAUCAUUCCUGUAAGUCUUCAUCACUUCAGAUCUUCAGAGAUACAGAUGAGAACUGAUAGGAUGUUUGUUCAUGUUAAAAAAACAGUCACAUGGUUUCUAUUGUCACUGAUACUGAUCAGCCCCUCAUCAAUAAUUAGUGUAUUUGAGACGUUAUAAAAGAAGACUGUUUACAGAGAAGCACUAAAUAUACAUACAUAUAUAUAUAAAUAACAAUAAUUGAUUUUAAAUGUUUUGAUAAAGAGGACACAGACUUUUCUUUCUCUGAUGUUCUGGAGGAGACGUCAUCUUCUGUCUUUAUUCCUAACAAAGUUCUCCUCCAUCUCUGCCGGGAGGGACGAGGACAUGAUGAGUAAACGGUACAGAUGAGGGGGGCAUGGAUGCAGAUUCAUUGGUGACCCUGUAAACGGGCAAACAUUGGCCUGUUUCCACGACAACCACACAAGCGUUGCAGUGAAAGUCACCACUUAACAGGGUCACAACUUAAACUGUAACACUGGUGCUUAAACUCUGAUCAUAAGUCUGACGGUUCUUACUUGUGAAGCAGCUGUUUGGUUAAAAUCAAAAGUACCAAAGAGAGAAAACAGCAGAAUGUGGACUGAGGAUUAUUAUUAUUAAUAUUAUUAUUAUUAUUGUUAUUAUUCUGCCUCCAACAGUAAGACAUCCAUAUACUGUAAAUAGUAGUCAGAACCACAGGAUUAAACCCCGGCUCCUGAAAUCACGAACUCUGUGCGUCUUCUCUCUGUGGGCCCGCUGCUGUCACUCAUGGACGUGAAAAACAUGUUUACAUGUUUAUUUCGCCGCAGUGGAACUUCCCGUUGAUGAUGUUUGCGUGGAAGAUCGCUCCGGCUCUGUGCUGCGGGAACACUGUGGUCAUCAAACCUGCUGAGCAGACCCCGUUAUCAGCCCUGCACAUGGCCGCACUCAUCAAAGAGGUAUCUGCAAAUUAACCUCUAACUCACAACGAUGAUGUAAGAGCGAAGAGUUCAUGAGACAGAAUAAGACAGAAUAAGACAUAAUGAGACAUAAUAAGACAUGAACUCGUCUGACGUCUCCCUCUGUCGCUCAGGCUGGUUUCCCUCCAGGUGUGGUGAACGUGGUCACAGGUUAUGGUCACACAGCGGGCUCCGCCAUCUCUCACCACAUGGACAUCGAUAAAAUCGCCUUCACUGGAUCUACUGCUGUCAGUAUCUGCUGAAACUGAAUCCAAAUUACGGAGAUUGAUCUUGUUUUCUCCUGUUGGUGUAAACUCUUUCACUUAAUUCCUGUCGCUGUCUUUGGUCACCAGGUCGGGAAACUGGUCCAGAAGGCUGCAGGUGAAAGUAACCUGAAGAGAGUCACACUCGAACUCGGAGGGAAAAACCCAAACAUCGUCUUUGCUGAUUGUGACCGUGAGUCUGAACUUUAAAGUCUCUCUAAAGUUCAAGUUUGUUUUUUAUAAAUUAACCUCAUUUAAAGAUGUACGGGGACUUCACUGAGUUUUACUUUCAGAGGAGAACAGGACCUAAAAUUACAGACUCUUCGUGAUACACAGGAAUAGACAAACUGUUAUUGUUUUUUAAAGAAAUUAAAGUUGUGUUUGAAAUAAGUUUACAGUCACAGCAUUAGUCCAUGUUAGCCGUCCUCUACGCUGGUUUUCACGUCAUAAACUGAAGGAGGGCCGAAGGAGAAGAAGCAGUUUUAACAUCCCUCUGAAAGAUGAUGAGACACUUUAAAAAACAGACACUCAGAGAUUUAUUGGUGUUUAUGAUUAUGAUUUCAAGUUCUCCAUAAAUAUUCCAACAACACAGUUAUGGAGCUGAAACCCUGAUAUGGCGACAGUCCUGAAGAACAUUAUCGUAUAAAACAAGUUUGAAAAAGUGCAGAACAGACAGCAGAUUUUAUUGAUUAAUAAUUUGAAGUGAUUUUCUUUACUGGUGUUGUGAGUGAAGAAAGGAUCUGUUAACAGACUCGAUGGUAUCACCUCCUGACUCUCAGUCAACAGUCGUGCUGCUGCAGCUUCUCUCCUGUCUUUCUCUUGGUCCUGCAGUAGAGUACGCGGUGGAGCAGGCCCACAGCGGUCUGUUCUUUAACCAGGGGCAGUGCUGUCUGGCCGGUUCCAGGGUCUUUGUCGAGGAGCCCAUCUACGAGGAGUUUGUCCGCCUCAGCGUGGAGAAAGCCAAAUCCAAAAUCCUGGGGAACCCUCUGCUGCCGGGUGUUGACCAAGGUCCACAGGUACAGGACACCGAGGUUAAUCACAUGAUCAAUAACAGCAUCAAUACGAGAAUAAUCAGACCUGUUCUCCUCUGCAGAUCGACCAGAAACAGUUUGAUAAAAUAAUGGUGCUGAUAGAGAGUGGGAAGAGGGAGGGGGCCACGCUGGAGUGUGGGGGCUCCCAGUGGGGUCAGCAGGGACUCUUCAUACAGCCCACCGUCUUCUCAAAUGUCUCCGAUGAAAUGCGCAUCGCCAAAGAAGAGGUACCCUGUUCUGAAACACCUGCGCACACAGAAGCAGAUUUGAUGUUCCUCGUGAUCGUCCGAGUCCUAAAUCUACCACACCGUCGUGAAAUUCCUCCUCCACUAACCUUUUCAUCUUUGCCCUCGCUCUUCUCUCUCUCUCUCUCUCUCAGAUUUUUGGUCCAGUGCAGCAGAUCAUGUGUUUCCAAAGCAUUCAGGAAGUCAUCCAGAGAGCCAACGACACACACUACGGCCUGGCAGCAGGAGUGUUUACCAACGACAUCGACAAAGCCCUCACAGUCUCCUCUGCUCUGCAGGCUGGCAUGGUCUGGUAGGAACCAAAUCCACCGAUCCUCUGAAGUCCAGGGGGGGUCACCUAAACAUUCAAUCUAAUAACAAGAAGAAAAACAAACACUUUUUCAUGUGUCAUAGCAGUUUUUUAUAAAAACUCAAAUACAGGCUGAGAGGAGGAUGUAAUGUUUCCUUCUCUUUAGGGUGAACUGCUACAACGCCAUGAGCGCUCAGUGUCCGUUCGGCGGCUUCAAGAUGUCAGGAAAUGGUCGAGAACUGUGAGUAACACCUUUUUAAACUCUGUUCGAUCUGUCACGGUUGGUAACAAUGAUUUAUAUCUGUUACUUAUUUCCUGUCCAUACCUCUGCUGUAACUGUGCAAUAUGUCAGUUAUACCUCCUUUAUCCCACUGACUUAUCCCCCAUACAUUUACACUCUGACAGCAGCUACUGCAUUACUUGUGCACUUUGUAAAUAUUUAUUUUAUACUUUUUAUAUUUUUAUUCUAUUAUAUUCUUCUUAGUACUUUAUUGCAUGUUAUUCGUACUUCUUUGGGUGGAGCGGUUCUUCUCAUCCAGGGCAUUUCUUGCAUUGUUGACUAUUUUUAAUCUGCAUGUGACAAAUAAACCAAUCCUGAAUCUUGACUGACAGAGAGAGGACAAGUACAUAUAUCAAAAAUCUAAUGUUCUAUAUAAAACCACUUAGGUUGUGAUUAGAUAAAUGUCUGAACUCCUAAAAUAAGGUCAGCUUCCUCUCUGUACUUUGCUUCCUGUGGAGUUGUAGUUCGGUUGGUGUCUGCAGGUUUUCCACAUAAACUUUUGUUCUUAAAGGGAAAAUAAAUGUAAAAUGUCUUCUUCUUCUUGACAUAAGCAGCUGCUGUCAUUUUUCUUUCAGGGGGGAAUACGCGCUUCAGGAGUACACAGAGGUCAAAGCAGUCACCAUCAAAAUCUCAAAGAAGAACUCCUAACACAGUCAGACUACAGGACUGGAUGAACUUCAGAUCAUGGAGAAGAAUCGAGUGACUUUCAUAUUUAAAGGCAUUUUCUCUGUAACUCUGUGAUGAUGUUAUUUUACUGUCAGAGAUACCUCCACCUCUGAUCAUCGUUGACUCUUAUCUGUAAAAGUUCCUGUAAUGUUGUAUCUCAGAUGUAUUCACAUAUUUAGUGGACAGCAUGUUCUCUACUGUCGUGUAUAUUGUGUGUAAGUUAGUUAGUGUAAGAGAGAGAGAGAGGGGUUUUAUUUUCAGGUAACCACUUCAGUAGCACUUUGACAGAAAAGAAUUAUUUUAAUAGACAGGUGUUAUACAAAAAAUAAAAAUACAUUUACAUCCUAUUUACAGGGAUUUCUGGAUGAAAUUAAUGAAAGAGUUGACUGUAUUAACAGUGAGUUUUUAACUAUGAUUCUCUGUCGUCUGAAUAACAUGAACUUCAGUGUUUUUAUUUCUUUUUUAUAUUUUCUUUCAUUAUUCUAGAAAAAACAACAAAUUUGAUGUUUGAUUUAUUUAACUGAACAUCUGUAACCCUCUCGCCCAUAGACUGUAUCUAGAAUAGACACUGUCUGCCUCCUCGCUCUGAGAACAGCGCCCUCUGGUGACGGGCUGCAGUAUAGGUCAUAAACCCCGCCUCCUUAUGGAGCUGUGGACAAACUUUAUAAAUGAAUGACACAGAAUAUAAAUGUUUCUCCCCCCUGGUUGUGAUGUUGACAUGUAGUUACUGUCAGACUGGUUUGUGCUCAAGUCCUCUUUUUUCUGUACAGCUCCAUUUUUAAAGGUUAUUAGGGGGUUCAUGUUUUCUAUGAUUGACACCUGAUACAGCCAAUGGGAGGACAGAGAUUGUGUAGAUCACCUGUGGGAAUACGCUGUUUGAGCCGAGCGUCAUCACAGCGAGUCUCCCAACGAAUGCAUACAACGCUACUGAACAAUGUUGGUUUCAGGAAAUGAAGUUGUUUAGUGUGACUGUCACUUUAAGACGGUACACACCUGAUUAGCCUCAUUAAAAUGUAUGACGUUUUGGUGGGCGGGGUUUAGUUGGAGGUCAGUUUAAACCUUAUAUGGUUAACCAACAUCAUUUGAGUUAUUUUAGGCUUUUUACUUAUAUCGACGCAAAAUCACAAAGUUUAAAUGAAUAAGUGAUGUUAUUUACUGUGUGUGUGUUCGACAGUAUUACUUUGAUAAGUUUACAGAGACGAUCUGGAUCAGACCGGUCUACCUGUCCACGCGCAUCGUGAGAUGAUUGACAGGACUGCUGAAGGUGAGACGACCUGAACAUUUAGUCUUUGUCUAAGAACAAAGAAAACAGGUGUGGAUGGUUUUAUUUCAACGUUGUUCUCCCGUUUGUUCUGCUUACAAAGCUAACGUUAGCCUGUGUGCUAACCGCGAGCGCGAAGCUCUGUGAACGCAUGCGCAGUUGGAAUUAGGACCGCCGUUAGGAUCUGAGCAGUUAAAUCGUGAUCUCACCUGUUAAAGUUGUCUUUAGAUCCUUCUUUCUUCACAGACAGUUAAUAGACUUUUAGAGUUUGAUAGUUUAAUAACUAGCAAAGUUUCUGGUUCUUCUUCUUUGUUCAAUUUCGGAUUAUAAUUUGAUUUUAAAGGUGAACUGCGCCCUCUACUGUACAGGAGUGUAAAAGGAUACUCACAUGGUGGUUAUUAGUGUUUGUCUCCAGCUGAAACUCCAUCAUGAUGUUGGCCUUAAAGGUCUCAUUAUUGGCAUGUUCUUGAUAAAUGUGACUGAUAAUGUAAACACAGUAAAUCUCAUUAAAGACUAAAAGUAUAAAAAUAAAAGGUCUCUCUUGUGGCACCCUCCUUUAAAACCUCGAACCAUGAGGUCGGUGUCAGCAGACGCUGGUCGUCCUCGUUCUAUAGUCCAUAGUCCUUUUUAUUCUCUUGGUGGCCCACCCCGACCUCUUCCUCUCCCUGAUCCAGGUUGAGGCCCUCUGGCAUUUCCAGGAGGGGGUCUCCUCGGUCCUGGGGGGCGGGUCACUGGAGCUUUGGGGUUUGGAGCAGCCAAUGACACGUCUUUCUGCAGUUUGACCCCUUUACCUGCUGCACCUGGCUUCACUUUGGGAGACCUGCUGCCUUUCUUGUUUACAACCUCUGCGGAGAAACGAGGAGAGCGAAGCGUCAAAAUGGACAACGCCACAUAAACUAAAUCACUCAUUUGUGUGUGAACGUACCAGGAGGGGGCGCUUCUUCCUCUUGCUCUUCCUCAACAGGAGGAGGUAUCAGAGAUUUGUCCGGCAGCAGGUCUUCCAGGUCUUUCAUCACCUGGUUGGUGCUGUCCUUGUUGUUUCUGCGGUUCUUCUCCUCGUCUCGAGCCUGUGAACGUGUGAAGGGUCGAAAACAGUUGCUUACAUUUUGCACAAAAAAGAUUUUAUUUGAACGAGAAGGUCACUCCUACUGACCAUUUGCAUCUUCCUUUUCAGGUCCAGGUUUGCUUGUUGAUAUCCCUUUGAGACCGCGUUCAGGUAGUAAAUGGCCAACCUGUAACACAACAGAGUAACUCUCAGUGUACCACUGAAAACUGCUCAGGGAGGACUGCAUGUAGAGAAGAUGUGUUCUGGAGCUACAUGACUGUAUGUCUAACCAGUGCCAUUUGGAAAUGUGUGACUACAGUGCCCCCUUGUGGUUGCAUUGGAGUUGUACUCACACCAUGAGGAGGACGGCGGGCAGGAUGAGUCCAGGGUUUGUGGCAUAGGUGAAAAUGUUUCCUAUGAAGGAGGGCAGAUCCUGCUCGAUUGUCUCCAUGACAACGUCGUACAUCUUCUCUUGACCGCUGCAGGACAACAAAAAUAAGGAUCAAAUGUCGGACUCUGCUGGUGAGACACUUUGAGAGGUUUAUUGGUAGUUUUAGUGGGAGCACAUUAGUAAUAGAAGUCACAGUAGUGUGAAUAUACUGGAAUAUACUGGUUUUCUUUGGAGUGGUGCAUUCAAGGUCUGGAUUAUUCAGUUAAACUCUGAUGCUUUUGUUUUUGUAUUGUUGUAUUUUUCCAUGACUGACCUGAAGGGCCCGCAGUCAAAGGACGGGGACAGGGUCAUGAUGGUGUAGACCACAGGCAGCAGGCUGAGGAAGAGCACCAGCAGCAGCAGACCCAUGUAGAAGUUGUUGGAGCGAGAGGCUUUAAAGACUCGCUCAUGAGGGACGUUACAGCACAUGACCGCCCAGCACUGAUAGUACAUGGAGCUCAGGAGGCGCAGAACGUUCAAACCCACCAGACCUGGAGCAUAAAACGCCCCCAUCCUGAGGGGGACGGCGGGGUUAGUGACAGAGUCUUAGAAGUGCACAGUCAGAUUAGAUUAGAUUAGAUACAACUUUAUUUAUCUUUAUUUAUUCAAAGAAGCAGGAUCCAGUCCCAAUGAUCAGACCAGUUUGUCGUUAUGGGCACAUUAGAAACAGACCACAGAGAAAUAUUCACUGAGAGGAGCCCAGUAGACGACAGAAAAUCAGAAUAAAUGAGUUUUUAUUCACCAGAUCAUUCCUUGGUUAAAGAUCAGACCGAGCACAUUUCCACUGAUGUCAAACUCUCCGUAUGAAGGCUGCAACCAACAAGAGAACAACACCAUUAACAAGCUGACCUGAAGUAACAGACAAGAGUGAAGAUACUAACUCUCUCUCUCUCUCUCUCUCUCUCUCUCUCUCUCUCUCUCUCUCUCUCUCUCUCUCUCUCUCUCUCCCUCCCUCUCUGUAAUUAAGUUCUCAUGUCCGUCUCUCCUUUCACAGGAGACCAGGGUUCAGCUGUCUCACCACAUCUCAUCAGUCAGUAUCAGGUUGACUCUAAAACAAACAGAGCUGAUCUCUCGUACUGUUUAAAGUUAGUCAGACAACAUGGCCGACCAUGACUAAAACAGAUACUGUAAAAACCAAAACAUCCACAUUACAGGACAGACCUGAGAAACAGGCCUGAACUCUAACACAGUUAACAGAUCAUUAAAUAUUGAACAGGAGACAGUAACAGCCAAGAUGUAAUUAGAUAAUCUGAUUCAUAAUCUGGUUUAAACAAAAUAAAAUCUCCUAAAGUUCACAUAGAAACCCAAACCGCUCUGUGAGUACUCACAAACCCGGCCUCCAGGUCCCAGCACCAGCAGUAGUUCAGGUACCGGACCAGUAGAGCUCUCACAAAGUCUCCGAUCAGGAUGGUCAGAUAGGUGACCUGCAUGUCCGAUACGAUCAGCUUCACAAACUCCUGCUCAGCAGAAACAAACAGAGACAGUCUGACUUCUUCACCUCCACAGUCUUACAUUCAUCACUGAACCUGCUGUAAGAGGAUUUUACUGACGAUUCCCACCGCCGUCUCCCAGCAGGGUCCUCUGAUGACAUCGGCCGGGUGAACGUUUGGAGGGGGCACGUUGGUGGUGUUGUAGUGAGCGCUGUAGUUGGCGACGUACUGCUUCAAAGCCCAUUCAGUGGCGUUCUUGAUGGCCUUCUCGCUCUCCAGCUGAAGAACAUCAAACAUGAACUCAUGACGUCAAAUUUUACUGAUGAAGCUCCAGAAAAACACAGAAAUGAAGUGUUGGCCACCUGAAAGGAUCCCUCAGACCUGUGUGGAGUCUGUCAGCUGACUGUGAUCAUACUCCGACUACGCUGGUUACAUGGUAGAGAAAAUCUAAUUCCAAUCUCAUUAUCUGGGUGUUUUAAUCUGAGUUCUUAAACUCUGAUUAUAGUCGGACUAAAGUGUUUACAUGACCUUCAGUUGUCCGGUCUUAAUCGGAAUAAGGCGAUAAUUCAUGUAAGUGUCAUGUAAACAUCACAGACAACUUGAGAAAGAUCAGAUGUCUCGAUAGAUUUGAAGUGACCCGUGGUUCUGUAUGGACCUACAGAGUUUGGAUUCAAAGGGUCUCUCUACACUGUUGAAGGACGGGCGAUAGUCGAACUGUCAACAGGUUAACGUCAGCUUCCUUUAACCUUGAAACAGUUUUCUGAAAAACUUCUUGAGGUACCGACUUCAAUUCUGAUUUUGUCGCUGUGGAAAACAUCCUCUUCUCCUCAUAACACCUGAGCUGGAGAGGUUGGCAGCUUUGACUUGAUAGCUGGAUGCUAACUCGCUACAAGAAACCCUCAAAUUCAGUGUUUUUAGUUUUUUUUCUCGGGGAUCUUCCUGGUGCAGUUUUCCCAUGUUUCCUCGUCUAAAUCAGCUGGUUCUACUGUCUUACUUGGAUGGAAACAGUGUUAGGUUUGGUUUAUCUACCCGAGCAGUUUCCAUUGUUUCCAUCUGAACAUGAGUUGGUGUGACACCACACCUGGUUCUGACAGCAGCCCACCGAGCUUCGCUGUCGGCUUGUAAACACCACACAAAUUCAUUUCAGUGAACCGCCCUGAAAUCGCACUUUUACCUCCAAGGACAGAGUUUCAGGAUAGGUCCUUGGGUUGAAGAAGACGUUUCUGUUUGAAGGAUGAUAAAGUAAGCCACAGUUACAGGAACCAACAGGUGUUUCCGUCUCACCUUGGCAGUGACCUCAUCGAACAGGGCAAACAGGAAGGUGUACAGGUUUCCCAGGAAGAGGGCGAAGAUCCGACCCAGCUGCCACUUCAGGGCGUCUCGGGGGUGAUAGUCCUCCAGCUCUGCGAUGGUCUCAAACAGAGGAGGACACACCAGGCCCAGGAGAGACAUCACAAACUCCACCUGAAACAUCAGAGUGACCAUCAGCUGUUUCUCCUCUCUGUUCGUAUCAAUAAUCCUAAAACGUCACUGAACGUGAACUCGCCUCAUUCUUCUCAAACCACGAGAGAUCUUCACUUUUCAUGUUUGCAAACUCCUGCGAACGUUUCACCACGAAGUAGAUGAGGUAACCGCUUCCUCCGAGGCUGCACAGGAUCAGGAAGUUAGCCAGAACCCUCAGGAACCGUCGGAGGUGGAUGUUCUCGUCUUUUUGGUUCUCCUGUUCAUCUACGAUAGACUCCUACAACAGAGUGAAAUCAAUCUGAGAAACAAUCACUUCAAACUUCAGCCCUAGUUCCUCUGUUCUUCUCCCAGUUAUCAUCAUAAAUUUCUCAAGAAGAACAAGUAUGAAGAAAACUGGACGCUGUGAGUCUGAAGGGUUUCUGUUCAGUUCUUCUGCUGCAGAAACUCCACAGUAGGUGGUGUUAAUGUGAGGAAACUCGGCAUCUUUAAUUCAACGUCA